AUGAAAUUAUUGAUCCUCCAUGAUCAUUAUUGUCCUCCAGGAAAAGUAGUCAUAAUCACUGGUGCUAAUGCCGGUCUUGGCUACCACACAGCCCUCGAAAUAGCCCGAAAAGGAGGUCACGUCUUCAUGGCUUGCCGUUCUCGAGAACGUGCUGAGAAAGCAAUCGCCGAAAUCAAGAAGGCCGCACCUACUGCUAAUGUUGAAUUCUUGGAAUUGGAUUUGCAGGAUAUUAAUCAGACCAAGAAGGCUGGAGAGGCAUGGUUGAAGAAGGGGCUACCCUUGCAUGUGCUUGUUAACAAUGCCGGCAUUAUGGCAUGUCCAUUUGCGUUGACCAAGGAUGGCAUUGAGACGCAAUUUGGAACCAAUCAUAUUGGCCACUUUGCCUUUACGAAAACACUCUUACCCCGUCUCAUCGAAUCCCAACCAUCCCGUAUCGUAAAUGUAUCAUCUGUUGGCCACAAUUUCGCUCCCAAAGCUGAUCCCAUUCCGUUGGAGAAAAUCAACGAACCUACUGCUUUCAACACGUGGGAAAGAUAUGGAACUAGUAAAUUGGCUAAUAUCUUGUUUACUGUUGGGUUGGAUGAACGUUUAAAAGAUGCGAAAGUCUAUUGCAAUUCAUUGCAUCCUGGAGGCGUUUCAACUGAGUUGAUCCGAGGACCUAAUCAAUCAUAUCCAUGGCUUGCUCCAUUGGGUGCCUUUAUCAACUCAUUCCUCUUGACAAAGCCUGAAGUUGGUGCAUUGACCCAACUAUACUUGGCAACAUCACCAGAGGUUGAAUCACGAAACAUCCGUGCUAAAUAUAUGGUUCCAACUGCUCAACUCAAAGAGCCAAGUAAAGCUGCUCAGGAUAAAGUGUUGGCUGAAAAGCUAUGGGAUUUUAGUGAAAAGUUCUUUGCUGAAAAGAUUUCUGCUUGA